AUGCUGCGACAAUCCUUUAGGGCGUUUGCCCGCAAUGCGGCGUCGGCGAGGCCAAUUGCUGCGAGAAGCUAUGCUACCGGUGCCGGCCCCGCGUUCGACUGGCAGGAUCCUCUGAAUGCGAAGAACCUCUUUACCGAAGAAGAGCUGGCCAUUGCAGAGACGGCAGAGAGAUACUGCCAGGAGCGGCUACAGCCCAGGGUCCUACAGGCUUACCGAGACGAACACUACGACCCCAAGAUCCUCGAAGAGAUGGGCGAGCUAGGCCUUCUGGGCUCCGGUAUCAAGGGCUACGGAUGCGCUGGCGUAUCCUCAGUAGCCGGCGGUCUGAUCACAAGAGCAGUCGAGCGAGUCGACAGCGGCUACCGAUCGGGCAUGUCCGUCCAGUCGUCCCUCGUUAUGGGCGGCAUCUACGAGUUCGGCAGCGAAGAGCAGAAGGAGAGAUUCCUCCCAGAGAUGGCCAGGGGAAGGCUCAUUGGCGCAUUCGGCCUGACGGAGCCAAACCAUGGCAGCGACCCGGGCAGCAUGGAGAGCGUCGCGAAGCCGCACCCGACGAAGAAGGGCUACUUGUCUCUGAGCGGCGCCAAGACCUGGAUCACUAACAGCCCCAUUGCCGACGUGCUGCUGGUGUGGGCCAAGCUGCAAGAGACGGGCAAGAUUAGGGGCUUCUUGGUUGAGCGCAAGGAUUGUCCUCCCGGCACGCUGGAGACGCCCGCCAUCAAGGAUAAGAAUGGUCUUCGGGCCUCCAUCACGGGCAUGAUCCAGAUGGACGACGUUCCCGUCCCAGAAGCAAACAUGUUUCCCGAAGUAGAAGGCCUAAAGGGGCCGUUCAGCUGUCUCAACAGCGCAAGAUACGGCAUCUCCCUCGGCGUUAUGGGCGCUCUCGAGGAUGCCAUUGCCCGCGCUCGCACGUACUCCCUGGAGCGCAAGCAGUUCAAAGGCAACCCUCUCGCAAAGUACCAGCUCAUCCAGAAGAAGCUCGCCGAUGCCGCCACCGACGCCGCUUACGGCACCCUGGCUGCGGUGCAGGUCGGCCGGCUCAAGGACGAGGGCAAGGUGACGCCGGAGAUGAUUAGCAUGGUUAAGAGACAGAACUGCGAUGCUGCGCUGCGGAACGUGCGUGUGCUGCAGGAGGUUUUUGGAGGAAAUGCCGUGAGCGACGAGUAUCACAUUGGAAGACAUGUUGCGAACUUGUUUGUGACACAGACGUAUGAGGGACAGAGCGAUAUUCACAGUGAGUAUCCUUUUACCCAUUCCUUUUGA